AUGCAAGCAGUUCCUGAGGUGCAGACUGAGGCGGAAGAGCGAACAUUCUGGCUCCUCCACGCUCUCACUCACAACACCAUUCGUAACUACUACUCAGACCACAUGAUAGAUGUCCGAGUUGACUGUCUGGUCUUUGAAGAGCUACUCAAGUAA